AUGACGCGAGAAGAAACUAUUGCUCAAAAGCGUAUGAAAAGAGCGGGAAGAUUCAGUGGAGACUUCGCCCCAGAGGAAGCAAUCAAGAUCUUUAAAGCGAUCAUAGGGAUUGGAGAUCCCAAGUUCCAGCGCGCAAAGGUUAUUCCCAGCAGCGGAAGGGGAAAAGUCUACUACAACGUUCAUUUAGCCAUGACCAACGCCUCCUGGAAGCAGACGAUACCGCUGAUAAUCGACGACGUCACGGUCAAUGUCAUUACCGAUGAACCUGGUGAACUCGAUCCUCGCUUGAGUAGCGCGAUUGAAGCGGCUAUUAAAUCUUUCUGUGUUCAAGAUGAGACCCCGAUUUCAUCCCCACCUUCGAUAACGAUCUCUCUACCGGUCCGAACAGCCUCUCAGCAUGCACCUAGCAGUUCGAGCUCGAGCAGCAUUUCUACUGCCAUUGCGGGUAAUGGAGAUACGGAUGUUACUAGUAUAUCGACAAUGUCACUUGUACUGAGGCCGGGAGACAAAAAAGGCAAAGAAAACGCAGCUCAGGUCGACUUGGAUAAGCAGGAGUUCAGCGAUUCAGGAAGCGAUGAUGGGUGGGACAAGAUUGGGGAGGAUGAGUGA